CUCUUAUGUACGAGCUGUUUGUUCAGACUUAUAAAUGACAUAUUAUCUUCCUGUUGUUCAUGGGAUUAGUGUAGUUUAUUGUGCAGUCUUUACUAGGGGUUAAUAAGCAAAGAAAACGGAUAUGCGCUCUCUGGACUCACUUCAUUGAUGGUCGUGAGCUUCCAUCACAGGCCUUUACUGUCUGACUACCGGAGCGAGUUCCUCUUAUGAAAAUGAUCCGGUGAAAUGUAGCUUCGGAUUACGGAGGGUUUCUCAGCUUUAACGUCUUGUCCUUUAACAACAAAAUGAAGAUUUGGAGCACGGAACAUGUUUUCAGUUACCCAUGGGAGACAGUGAUAAAGGCUGCCAUGAGAAAGUACCCAAACCCCAUGAACCCUAACGUGGUUGGGGUGGACGUGCUGGACCGCAGUCUGGAUACAGAGGGGCGCCUGCACAGCCACAGACUCCUCAGCACAGAGUGGGGCCUCCCUGCCAUUGUACGAGCGAUACUGGGAACCAACCACACGCAGACGUACGUGAAGGAACACUCCAUCGUGGACCCAGACGAGAAAAAGAUGGAGCUCUGUUCAACAAAUAUUACUCUCACCAACCUGAUUUCAGUGGAUGAGAGGCUUCUUUACAGACCACAUCCAGACAACCCAGAGGUUACCGUCCUGACCCAGGAGGCCAUCAUCACAGUCAAGGGAGUGAGUCUAAGCAGUUACCUGGAGGGGAUGAUGGCGAGGAGAAUGUCAGCCAACGCCAGGAAGGUCUGCAGCUCUACAUUGAGGACUACUUUCCCCGCCACACCUCAUAAACAGAGGGGAUUCUCAGCAUCUCGGGAUCCUCUGCAGCUGGUACUUAAACCUUCAUGCACUGGAAGCUCAGACAAAUGCUGCCAAAGCCCAAAGGUUAUAGAGCUGGAUUUUAAGGGUUGUGGGUCCAAGUCUAAUAGGUGUGGCUCAAUAUGAACUCAAUAACCCAUUAACAGCUACUCUAACCAAGGCAAGUGAAGUGAACAGGACAGUUUCCAUCCAUGCUUUAAACACAAGGUUUAAAAUUCAAGGGUGCUGCUGUCAACAUCACGAGCCUACCAGACUCUACUGGUUUGAAGAUAAUGUUACUACCACACAUUUCCUUUGCUCUCAUGUCAUAUCUUAGCAUACUGUGGAAGAGAUGCAGAGGAGGGAUGCAGGAGAUACACGCACACAAUAUUUUAGGAAAAAAAAGGUAUGGUACAAUAUGCAACAAACUUUUAUUCAAACUGAUGUAAUUCUUCUGUAAAGUCAAACACUGGCGACUCCUACAGCAGGAGUUGGAACAUUUUUACUGGUGCUCAUUAUGUUCUCAAGAGGCACAAACUGUAGAUGAUAUGUUUGCAUGAUAGUAGUUUUAAAAAAAAGGGCGAUACUAGAAAAGAAAAAUGUGUAGUAGCUGGGUUGCUGGCUAUAAAUGUGCAAAUGCAGCUUUCAAUAGAAAAAAAGAUGGGAAUGUACCAUUAACAUUGCCUUCUUUUUCUGCUGUCAAGGCAACAACACAGUGGCACCUAUUUGAUGUAAAAAAAAUAAAAAUAAAAAGGCAAUAUUCAUUUAAACCAGCAGAUUUAUUGCUGGUUUGAUGAGGAAGAUGGCAUGUUAAGCUCUAGUGAUCAGAAUUGUUCAAAGACUGAUUGACGAUAUGGCCUUAAAAUGAUGCCUGUGUGUUGUUGCUUUGGUAGCAGAAUCAUUCAUGCCUUUGCCCAUCAUACACAUGAUGCUUCCAAACUUCUCUGUAAAAAGCUACCUAUACACCCUGAGGAGCAGGGCAGUACUGUAUGUGCAAUGCUGCAGUGGGAAACGCACACAAAGAUUUAUGUGCUAAAACAGAUUUCUGAGUAAAAAUGAAUAAUAUUUAACUAAUAUUUGUAUAAAUAUUAUUUAUUUAAAACAUAUUGUA